AUGGCUGAUCUCUGGGGAAACAAUGGCCAAAUAGGUCAAUUCCCCCUCGAACAAUGGUUCUACGAAAUGCCCCCCGUAACCCGAUGGUGGACAGUAGCCACCGUGGCGACCUCCGUCCUCGUCCACUGCAACAUCGUGACCGAAUUCCAACUCUUCUACAGCUUCCGCGCCGUGUACGCCAAAUCCCAAUACUGGCGCCUCCUAACCACAUUCCUCUACUUUGGCAAACUAAACCUCGACCUCAUCUUCCACGUGUUCUUUCUCCAGCGAUACUCGCGACUCCUGGAGGAAUCCUCCGGCCGAUCGCCGGCGCAUUUCGCCUGGUUGAUUUUCUACGCGACGAGUUCGCUGCUGAUCAUUUCGCCGUUUCUCUCGCUGCCGUUUUUGGGGACCGCGUUGAGCUCGAGUCUGGUGUAUAUCUGGGCGCGGCGGAAUCCGGAGACGAGGUUGAGUUUUCUGGGGCUGUUGGUGUUUCCGGCGCCGUAUUUGCCGUGGGUGCUUAUGGCGUUUACUCUGAUUGUGUACAAGACGGUGCCAAAGGAUGAGAUGCUGGGUGUGGCGGUUGGUCAUGUGUGGUAUUUCUUCAAUGAUGUCUAUCCGACUUUGCAUGGUGGUCAUCGUCCGUUGGAUCCGCCGAUGUGGUGGCGUCGGCUUUUUGAGACUGCCAGGGAACGUGAGCGUCCAACGGAGGCAAUUGAUGUGAAUGCGGACCUUGCUGCUGCAGCGCCGGAGGUUCGAUGA